AUGAUACAUUCAAGAGUAAACUCAUUGAAUUUAACUUCGAAAAGCUUGCCUUUAGAUGAUAAAGGAUUAAAAUCAGUUACAUUGCCAUUAACUUCACCAGCGAUACCAAUGCCAAUGCCAAUGCAACAUGAAAACAUUCAACAAAUCUCACCAAAGCUUGUUCAAACAUUGGGCCCCACUAAUGUUCUAUCACCAACAAAUAUUCAACUCCCUAAUAACUCACCAAGUUCAUUUGAAGUUACUCUGCAAUCAACUUUACAAUCACCAUUCCAUUCUAGUAUAAUUUCACCACAUUACCCUCCUUAUGAACCAGACUUGUACUAUCCAUCACGUAAUCAGCGUCAACUCAACCUCAACCACCAUAACCACCACCAACAACAACAACAUCAAAGACCGCAAAGACAAUCCUCAUUGACAUCAGGAUUUAAUCGUUGUGAUGCAUUUUAUGAUUUUGCUGAAGACAGAUAUAGUAGAUUUCGUCCACUGGAUUCUCAACAUAAUAAUAAUGCAAUAUUAUCUGGUUUACAUCCAUUUCAACAAGAAAAUUAUGGAUUACCUAAAAAAACUUUUUUACAAUCUGUUUCUAAUUGGUUUAAAUUUAAAACUCCCGAAUCAGAAAUAAUUAUUGAACGUAAUGGUGAAUAUAUUCAAAAUUCCAAUAAAUCUACCGAUACAAAUACUAUUAUAACUGGAACAGGUACAGGUACAGGUACAGGUACAGGAACAGGAACAGCUAACGUUAGUGGUGGUGGUGGUGCUGAUGAUGAUGCAGCAGCAGCAGCAGAAGUAUCAAUUAAUCAAAAUGAACCUUAUGAAACUACUCCACAACCAAUAUAUACCCCACGAGGAAUUCCAAUAAAUGAAUUUCAAUUGAAUUUUAAUAAAGAAAAUCAAGAUUCAGUUGUUAGACGUAAUGAUGAAAUCAUUAAUUCAUUUGAUGAUGAAGUAAGAGAUUUAAUAAAUGGUGCCGAUAAUUUUUUAACUAGUUGUUUCCAAGGAUGUUGGGAUAUCGGGAAAUUAAUUAAUGAUUCUUUUGUAGAAUUAUGUUAA